GUGGGUAGAAAUGAAGGGGUGGGGGGAAGAGAGGUGAGUAUAAAAGCCUUGCUGUGAGGAAUUAGGAAAUAUUCCUCGGGAGAAAAUACACACAGAGAGAUAUUUCCAAGACUUCUCACUCCAUAAUAAUCUUUCACGACAGGCAGAUAAACAAGCCCCAGGAUGAGGAGCCUUCUUCAGUUUCUGGCACUCUGUGCUGCGGCCGCUCUCUGCGUCUGCUAUGACUCUCAUGAAAGCACAGAAUCCAUUGAAGAUUUGUUUGUGCCCCCAAACCAAGCCAACUCAUUCAUCACGCCACAGAGGGGCAACGUAUACAGCCCACCCAGAGGGAACGGCCACAACUAUUACAACCUCGUGAGGACGAUAAAGUCUCCAGCGGAGAGGCGUGCAGAGACCUGUGAGGACUACUCUCCCUGCCGCUUCUACGCCUAUCACCACGGCUUCCAGCAGGCCUACCAGAGAUACUUUGGUUCCAGAAAUCAACCCCAGAGACCAGCUGGGGCUCGCCGUUACUAAAACGUAUCUGUCUGUCAAAUGCAGAAUUAUCAUUCAUCGUCUGGAAAUGAAUAGGCGUUCCUUCAUUCCACAUAUCACGACUUUUAUAUAAUUUAUGUAGUUGUUUUUGUGGUGUCUUCAAAAUCCUAGAAGAAAACACAUUUUAGAAACACGGAGGCAUCCAGUGUGGCUCAGAUGUUGCAGCAACCCACCAUUAUACACAUGUAGAAAUUCAUGGCCCAUCUCUUAUGUAAUCUCAGGAUAACUUUUAUCCACUGUUAUCACACCUUCCCAGCAUUUAUGAGCUUUAUGUGCUAUGCUUGAAUGAAGUGUUUUGCUCACUAUCCACAAAGCAGUUCUUACAUUAUCCACCUAUUUAUCCAGGCCAGCACUGCUGUCAGUGAUUAUUCCCAUUGCUUUGGAAAAAUAAAUAAAGUUAUUGGGUUUUGUCUUAA